AUGUUAGUCGGCGCAGGGCUGCUGUGGAUCGGGUGGACCGGGUUCAACGGCGGAGCUCCUUACGCGGCUAGCAUGGACGCGUCCCUAGCCGCGCUUAACACCCACGUGUGUGAGGCUACCAGCUUGCUCACCUGGCUUGUACUUGACACCUUCAUCUAUGGUAAGCCCUCCGCCGUUGGAGCCGUGCAGGGCAUGAUCACCGGCUUGGUUUGCAUAACUCCCGGCGCAGUUGGUGGGCUUGACAUAGCCGAAAGUGUGCCGACGAGGACAUCGGGCUCCCAAGGUGGUGCAAUUGUGAGGCUCGGUGGGCGGAAGCAGGCCUACGAGAGGCAAGACUUUGGAGUGGUACAAUGCUGGGCUGCCAUUCUGAUGGGCAUAAUCUCAGGAAGUGUCCCAUGGUACACAAUGAUGGUGCUCCACCAUAAGAUCAAGCUACUACGAUACGUAGACGACACCAUGGCCGUCUUCCACACCCACGCCAUUGCCGGAAGCUUGGGCGGCAUUCUCACUGGCUUUUUCGCAGUGCCUAAGCUCAGCCGCCUCUUCUACAUGGUAUUGGAGUGGGAAAGAUUCAUUGGCCUAGCAUAUGGCCUCCAAAGUGACCGAAGUGGUGCUGGAUUUUGA